UUCCAUCAAGUUCGAAUCCUGCCAUCUAUUACUUUUACUUUACAUUUAAAGAUUGCUUCCAACACACACAUUGAUUCAUAUGAUUAUAUCUAUCAUUUUCACCUCCAUAAUAUUUAACAGAUUUAACUCGGUAGAGAAGAAAGAGUUGUACUAGCUUCAUGCCUCGGACCACACUACUAAGAGCAGGAUAUCAAAGCCUAAAUCAUUCCGAUAGAAAUCAUGUUGAUUUCGUCAAAAGUGACCUUCAAGAUGAAUCGCAACUCGUGGUAGACUUUCUGGUUCGUAUCAUGGUCUAUGUCACACUCAUGGUGGUGAUCAUGGUCAUGAUUAUGUUAAUUAUGAAGUUCAUGAAAGUUUAUGAUCAAGAGGCGGACUCUGUAGUGGCUUCGUCGUCAGAGACUGACAGGUUGUUACCAAAGGAGACGAUGUCGUACUUGGAUUAUGGAACAUGCUGUGAGCAGGAUUCAGUGCUGAAGAAUUAUAGCAGCAGCUCAUCGGAGGACUUGUAUGACGAAAAUAUAUGCAUAAUUUGUUAUGACAACUCGAGGAAUUGUUUUUUUGUUCCUUGUGGCCAUUGUGCUACUUGUUGCGCUUGUGCCAAGAGGAUUGUUGAUGAUGGAGAAAACAAGAAUUGUCCGAUAUGCAGAAGAUUGAUUCAAAAAGUGAGGAAAUUGUUCACUUCAUAGUACCGGUUGCUUUCUUUUUCUUUACAGCUCUUUAAUGUUGCUAAGUAGAAUGAUUAUCACUGGGAGAGAGUGAAAAUUUUCAGAGAUGGCUGCUGCUGUGUCAAAAUUGCAUCAUAUAUAUAUGAUUUAUUAAGUGGUUUAUAA